UACAUGGAAAAUGACAACAAAACAAUAAUAAUAUAAUUUUAAAUAAUCACAUAAUUACACUUGCUACUAAUAGAUAUAUAAGUACAUAGUUUCAGUAUUUCUUAGGGCUGGUAUACAAUGGCAAAAGCUUCCGAGAACGACCUUUAUGGCACUUCAUUUUCCAUCGAAUCUAUGAAAGUGAUUGCCGAGAGUAUAGGCAUAGCAAAUCUGCCCGACGAUGCCGCAAAGGAGCUGGCGGAUGAUAUCUCGUUUCGUUUGAAGCAUUUCAUUCAGGACUCCGCCAAGUUUAUGCACCACGCUCGUCGAAAUAAGCUAAUGUAUCACGACAUUGACGCCACACUUCGUUCGAGAAACAUUGAGCCUCAAUAUGGGUUCCACUCUGUCGACUCGUUACCGUUCAGGUUUGCGUCGGGCGGCGGUCGCGAGUUACACUUCAUCGAGGAGAAGGAGGUCGACUUGCACGAUUUCGUCACAAACACAAACGUCAAAGCGCCGCUCGACAUCACGCUGAGAUCGCACUGGCUGUGCAUCGACGGUAUACAGCCGGCGAUUCCCGAGAAUCCCCCUCCUCAGGAUAAGGAAAUUCAAAAGCUCGAGUCCGUCGAUCCCGUCAACAAAAUGAAUAAACCCAACAAGGAGUCGUCGGGCAAGCCUAGCACCGGCAAGCAGAAGUUGCGCAACGUCGAAACGGUGCAGAUAAAGCAGUUGGCCACGCACGAGUUGUCUGUCGAGCAGCAGCUUUAUUAUAAGGAAAUUACGGAGGCGUGUGUCGGGUCGGAUGAAACGCGCCGAAUUGAAGCGUUACAGAGUUUAGCAUUAGAUCCGGGACUGUACGAAAUGCUACCCAGAAUGUGUACAUUUAUAAUCGAGGGAGUACGUGUCAACGUCGUGCAGAACAAUCUGGCGUUAUUAAUUUAUCUUAUGAGAAUGGUUAAAGCCCUUCUGGACAAUCAGUCGUUGUAUUUGGAGAAAUACCUUCAUGAGCUGAUUCCGUCCGUCAUAACAUGCAUUGUGUCUAAGCAGCUCUGUACAAGGCCCGAAUUUGACAAUCACUGGGCCUUGCGCGAUUUCGCCUCGCGCCUUAACGCACAAAUUUGCAAAAACUUCAACACAAGUACCAACAACAUCCAAACGAGAGUGACGCGUAUUUUUACAAAUUCAGUGCAGCAAGGGGAUAAGUUGCCGUUAUCGUCGCUGUAUGGCGCUUUGCACGGGCUGUCCGAGUUGGGGACCGAAGUAAUUAAAACGUUCAUUCUACCGCACAUUAAGACUAUCGGUGCGCGAAUCGAAGUACACCUCGAAGGAUCGCUCAUGUCGAAUCUGGACAAGGUCGCUUCCGGGCACAUUAAAGCGCUUUUGGUGAAGGUGCUUGCCCCGAUUAUCAAAAAUUUGCGCGCCCCACCCGACUACUUCGAGGAGUACAAGGCGGACUACGGCUACCUGGGGCCCACCCUCCAAUCGGCGGUAAUGAAGGCGAGAACGCAGCCACCCCAACCGGUCACGCCCACAAACACCUCAAUAGCGCCAGUAAGCGCCACCAUCUCGCGAAACAUAACCGCCCCGAUGGGAAUCGUGCAGAACACCGUAACUCCCGGUCGCACGAUCGUAAUGAACCAACCGAACCGCGGCACGCCGACCACCGGCAACCAGAAGUUUGUGUUCGUAACGCAACGCUCGCAAGGAGCGGCGCAGCCGACCGCGCAACCGCAGCAAAACACCGUCGUGAAAAUCAUGAACUCGCCGAAUCCCCAGCCGAAGGUGGUCGGCGCGCCUCAGAAACUGGUGGUGGUGUGCAUGCCGAACUCGGGGUCGACCAAUUCCACCGUUAUAAGUCAAAAUACGCAAGUGUCGAGUAGCUUGCAGGGGGGGCAAAUUGUAAGUCCCGGGAUCAGUCCGAUGCAAAGCCAGCCGCAGUUCGCCGUGGUUCCCAAACCGAAUUUUAUACAGCAGAAUCAAAAAGUCAAGCAAGAGGUCUCAAUGGAUGAGCUCUCUCUUUUAACAAACUUUGUACCGCAGAGUCAAAAGAUCAAGCAAGAAGUGGCUAUAGAUGACCUCUCCCAUUUAGCUUAAGAGUGUUUUGUGCAUUUACUUAAAAUAAAUUUUUUAUUUUUGAAUUGU